AUGUCUGUCUCUCUAUUUUCUACAAAUCUAUCUAUCUAUUUCAGUUUGUUCAUUAUCUAUCUAUCUAUCUAUCUAUCUAUCUAUCUAUCUAUCUAUCUAUCUAUCUAUCUAUCUAUUGCAGUUUGUUAUCUAUCUAUCUAUCUAUCUAUCUAUCUAUCUAUCUAUCUAUCUAUCUAUCUAUCUAUUGCAGUUUGUUAUCUAUCUAUCUAUCUAUUGCAGUUUGUUUUUAUCUAUCUAUCUAUCUAUCUAUCUAUCUAUCUAUCUAUCUAUCUAUCUAAUGCAGUUUGUUCAUUAUCUAUCUAUUUCAGUUUGUUCAUUAUCUAUCUAUCUAUCUAUCUAUCUAUCUAUCUAUCUAUAUAUCUAUCUAUCUAUCUAUUGCAGUUUGUUAUGUAUCUGUCUGUGACUUUCUAUCUAUCUAUCUAUCUAUCUAUCUAUCUAUCUAUCUAUCUCAUUUCACUCUUUCCAUUUGAAGCUUUCACAUUCGUCAUUUUCCUUCUUUUAUUUUUCAUUCAAUUGCUUUUAUUGUUCGGCUUGACUCUCUUUUUUGUUUUGGGCUUUUCUUUUUCUUCUCUUUUAUUUCUAAUUCUUCUUCUUUUCUGUUUUGUUUUUCUUCUUUGUGAAAAUAGCUGUCAUUCUAUCUAUCUAUCUAUCUAUCUAUCUAUCUAUCUAUCUAUCUAUCUAUCUAUCGUUUUCAUAUCUAUCUAUCUAUCGUUUUCAUAUCUAUCUAUCUAUAUAGCUAUCUAUCUAUCUAUCUAUCUAUCUAUCUAUCUAUAUAGCUAUCUAUCUAUCGUUUUCAUAUCUAUCUAUCUAUCGUUUUCAUAUCUAUCUAUCUAUCUAUCUAUCGUUUUCAUAUCUAUCUAUCUAUAUAGCUAUCUAUCUAUCUAUCUAUCAUUUUCAUAUCUAUCUAUCUAUAUAGCUAUCUAUCUAUCUAUCUAUCGUUUUCAUAUCUAUAUCUAA